UUAUAGCACACCUACAGAAAGUGUGACAGCUGGGGAGGCCUGGAGACAGAUGGCCUGAUAAAGAUGUGGGCGGAGCUUGCAUACUAAUAAGCCAGCUGUCGCGGGCAGGUUAAAUAGGCGCGCGCGCCCCAGCUGUGCUCUCGUGUCGGAUGAUCGGGUGUGAUGGAGGACUGCUGGUGCGGAUCGCUUCUCUACUUCCUAGGGGGCGCCACGGCGCUGUAUUACCUGCUGAGGUGGUCCUGGCUGAUCUGGAAGGGGAUUAAGGUGCACCUGGUGUCCAGUAUCUGGCAGACUGACCUGAGGGAGUACGGCAAGUGGGCAGUGGUGACAGGAGCAACAGCUGGAAUUGGACAAGCCUACGCCAUUGAGCUCGCCAGACGAGGACUGGACGUUGUUCUGAUCAGUCGAUCACAAGAGAAGCUUGCCAGAGUUGCCGCUGAGAUAGAAUCCCGUUACAGACGGCAGACUCGAGUCAUUCAGGCGGACUUCACUGAGGGGCAUUCGAUUUAUCCAGCUAUAGAGGAGCAACUCAAAGACCUGGAGAUUGGCAUUCUGGUGAAUAAUGUUGGUAUGAAUUACGCUGGAAUGCUGGUGAACUUCUUAGACAUUCCAGACCCUGAAAAGAGAAUCACCGAAGUGAUCAACUGUAACAUUCUCUCCGUCACCCAGAUGAGCAGACUGGUUUUGCCACAGAUGAUUGAAAGGGCGAAAGGGCUUAUCAUCAACAUUUCAUCAGAAGCAUCGUCUAAUCCUCAGCCCAUGCUAACGGUGUACUCUGCUACAAAGAUAUUUGUCACAUAUUUCUCUCGCUGUCUUCAUGCAGAAUACCAGCCGCGAGGAAUCAUAGUCCAGUGUGUGAUUCCUUUCCUCGUGUCGACUAACAUGACAUAUAAUGUUAAAGUCAGUCCUUUGGUGAAAAGCUCAGCCUCGUUUGCCAGAGAGGCCCUCAACACCGUGGGGUACAGCUCCUUCACCAGCGGCUGUAUGACGCACGCCCUGCAGCAUCUCGCUCUGAAGAUCUUAUUCCCGGGCUGGCUGCGACUGUCUCCGUUCUGCGUGCGCCGCCUUGAGAAGAUCUCGCAAGAAACGAGGCAGAUAUUAGAAGAGAAAAUAGCGCAGUGCGAGAAGAAACGGGAAUGAUGAAGAGAAAUAAACAGACGCGCGAACAAGGAGGGAGCGGCAUGACCACGCAAACAUGACUUGACCGACUUGCUUUUCUGACCAAACUGCUUUAAUCAGAUUUGAAAUGAUCCUUUUUUUAGCGCACAGGGAACCUCAGGCGCAGAUGAGAUGUGGAUGAUCAGCCGAGAUAUGUUCGGUACUCAGGUGUUUUUGUUGUACGCCUUCCUACCAGGGGAAAGGGGGGGAUCGCAACUAUGUUUUUUUUUCCUUUAUUGUAUUGCCACACAGACUUGAAAAUAUGUUCCUCGAUUAUCCUACAGAGGGUGCUCUAAACUAUUCACACAUUGUAGGAACUAACUAUUAUUUAUGUCUAUUUAGAAUUGUAACAAAUUCUGAAAUAUCGAAUCACGAUAUUUCUAAAAAAAAAAAAAAAAACGCAAUCCAGAGAAAUGUCGCGUAGUCACUUUUUUUGCACUUAUUGCCAACUCACAAACUAACACCUCAUGUUUUAGAGCACGCACUUAAGCAAGUGCACUCGGGAAC